UCCAUUAAGUCCUGGCCAAGUCAUAGGUGGGAAAAAAUGUCUGUACCAAGAUUCCAAAAAAUAAACUUUGGGACAUAUGACAAUUAUAUUCCAGUCAGCGAAUUAAGCAAAAAAUCAUGGAAUCAACAACACUUUUCCCUGGCUUUUCCCAAACCACAACGACCAGGAAAAAAAAGGCGAACAAUACCUUCCCAACUAAAUAAAAGUGUACCUCCUCCUACCGUCGAUGAAGAAAAAGUAAAAAGCGAAGAUAGACGACCAUUAUGGAUGCAUCGGUCUCUAACAAAAAUUUCCGAAAGACCAUCUGUUUAUUUAGCUGCAAGAAGAAAAUCUCUACCCAAACCAGCUCCUUCCCCAAAGGCCGAUUCUGUACCUCCAAAAGCAGAGAAGAAAAAAUCAGAAUCAGAAGCAAAGCUUAAGGCAGAUGAAAAGAAAGACAAGGAUUCAGACAAAGAAGCUAAAGGUGAAAAGGCAGAGCCAAAGAAAAGUAAAAAAGGUUCAAAGGAAGCCAAAAGUUCUGGCUCAGAAUCUGAAGGUGAAAAGGCUGGGGCAAAGAAAGAUGCCAAAAAACCUGCAACAGCUGCAAAGGAAGGCAAAGGUUCUGGCUCAGAAUCUGGAGGUGAAAAAGCUGGGGCAAAGAAAGAUGCCAAAAAACCUGGAAAAGCUGCAAAGGAGGGCAAAGGUUCUGGCUCAGAAUCUGGAGGUGAAAAAGCUGGGGCAAAGAAAGAUGCCAAAAAGCCUGGAAAAGCUGCAAAGGAGGGCAAAGGUUCUGGCUCAGAAUCUGGAGGUGAAAAAGCUGGGGCAAAGAAAGAUGCCAAAAAAACUGGAAAAGCUGCAAAGGAAGGCAAAGGUUCUGGCUCAGAAUCUGGAGGUGAAAAAGCUGGGGCAAAGAAAGAUGCCAAAAAGGGUAAAAAGGAUGCCAAGAAGGGUAAAGAUUCAGCUACAGAAUCUGAGGAUGGAAAAGGCGGGGCAAAGAAAGAUGCAAAGAAAGGUAAGAAAGAUGCAAAGGGCAAGGAAGAAACUACAGAUUCAGAACCUGAGAAGGGAGACAAAAAGGGUGGGCCAAAGAAAAGGGAUCAAUCAAAAGACUCCAAAAAAGGUGCAAAAAAGAAAGAUGAAAAGAAGCCAGGUGCUUCAGAAAGUGAAUCAAAGGACGCCGGCAAGAAAGAGGCCAAGAAAGAUGCCAAGAAAGAUGGCAAGAAAGAUGCCAAGAAAGAAGCCAAGAAGGACACCUCAGGGUCUUCUGUAGGGAAGAAGGAUGACAAGAAAGGUGCCAAGAAAGAUGCCAAGAAAGAUGCCAAGAAAGAUGCCAAGAAAGAUGCCAAGAAGGGCAAAUAGGCCCUGGGUAAUAAUUCCACUGGACAGUACCAGGGAAAUGCUUAUGGGUUUGAAGCAAUGUCAACACUCUAAAACUGAAUCUAGCAUGAAAAAGAGGCUUUAAAUCUUAGUCAUAUACAUUUUACAAGGGAUUGAAAGAAAAAUACACCAUGGAACCAUAAUGUAUUAAUAAAAUUUGUGGAAGACUUUUAUAAAUAUUAAUGGAGAAUCCAUUGGGAACCUUGGAAAAUAUUAUGCUACAUUAGAAGACAUGGAUUAUCAGACAUCUCUAGAAAGACUUAAAAGUUGAUAUGAAUAAAUGUGGAGAAUAUAAGGCAAUCUGUGGAAAGAAAAACAUUUAAUCUUUGCUGAAGACGUUUUAAGUUCAGGAAGGAGCAUUUUAUAGCUAUACAUUUAAACCAUUUCAAGAUGCAUUAAUAAAUUUAAUGAAGAACUAUAGGAGUGGCAAAAAAUGUGAAACCACUUUGAACUAAGUACAAAUCAGAGAUAAUGUCAAAAAUUAGACAAAUGGAAGGCAAAGGAGAAUCAAUCAAAGAAAACAAGGAAAAAACCCAUGAAUAUCAUCAUUUGCCUGUAUUUACUAGUGAACCAGUGUCACCAUUUUUGAGGUUGAACUAAUGAUUACCAUGUUUUUGGUUGUUGACUGUUUCACUUCUAAGUCAAGAUGCACAUAAAUGAGAAUUUUGUAAGGAAAGAUGAUAUUCUACAGCAAGAAAAAAGUGGAGAUCCUGAGUAUAUCAAUGACAAUACACAAAAAAAGGAAAACUAUAAAUUCAUUUUGGAAGCAGAGCCAAACUUGGCAAUGGGGACUUCGCAAGAUUUUUAUUUUACAAGGUCUAUGGAAUCAAUCUAACAAAGAAAAUAAAAGACCUCUAUGCUGAAAACUACAGUACUGUGCAAAGAAGUUUGAAGAGGAUAUCAGAAAAUGGAAACAUAUUCUUUGCUCUUGGGACCAACAGGAAGAUGCACCAGACAUUAUAUCACACUGGAAAAGAGCAACGUAUCACUUGAAGAUCUUCCUUUUAUGGAGCUGAUUGUCAGCUUUAAUUUUGAAGGGAACACAUGAGUCACCUGGUGAAACAAAUUAAAACAGC